AUGGGUCGAUCCAAAGAAGUCAUCAUCAUCGGUGGAGGCAUAUCUGGCCUUGGAAUGGCGGUUCAAUUGAAACGUCUUCUUGGUCAUGAUAACUUCACUAUCUAUGAGAAAUCAGAUAAUGUCGGUGGGACAUGGUGGCACAAUCGGUACCCUGCUUGUGCGUGCGAUAUCCCGAGCCACUUCUAUUCGUACAGCUUUGCAUUGAAGCAUGACUGGACUACGAUGUUUCCUGGCAGGGAUGAGCUUCAUGCUUAUUUCUUUUCCGUCGCCGAGCGAUUUAACAUUCUACCUCACUGUCAAUUCAAUGCUAUGUGUACCAGCAUGACUUGGGACGAUACUCGCUCCUUGUGGGUUGUGACUUUCGAGGAUACCAACUCAGGCGAGAUCUUCAUUCGCGAAUCUCCUGUUGUCGUCAGUGCAAUUGGCACACUUGAUCGCCCGGCCAUCCCCUCUAUCGACGGAGCCGAUUCUUUCAAGGGCGAGAUGUUCCACAGCGCCGAGUGGAAUGAUAACUUUAAGCCCAAUGGCAAGCAAAUUACCAUUAUGGGAAACGGUGCAUCGGCUACUCAAUUUGUUCCUGAGCUGGUCAAGUCAGUCGGACCCAAAGGCAAGGUGACCCAGCAUGUCCGGAGCUCUCAUUGGUGGACAAAGCGAGGAAAUCCCACUUAUUCUGAGCCAUUCAAGUUUGCUUUAAAGUACUUGCCGCUCGCCGCUCGACUCUACCGUGUCAUCCUAGCUUGGCAGCUGGAGAGCACUUUUUAUUCAUUUCACAUGAACAGCGAUGGUGCAGCUAUGCGCCAGAAGAUCCGAGAUGCUACCUACUCCUAUAUAGAGAGUGAGGCGCCAGCUAAGUACAGAGAUAUUUUAAAGCCAGACUAUGAGCCCGGUUGCAAGCGUCGAGUCAACACUGCCACCUAUUUGAAAUGCCUUCAUUCUCCACAGAUGAUGCUCACCACGGAUGCUAUUAUCAAGAUUGGGCCAGACUACGUGGAAACUAAAGAGGGAAAGCAACACCCAGCGGACGCAAUCAUCUAUGCCACUGGUUUCCAAACCCAUAAAUGGUUGUUUCCUAUGAAAAUCAAAGGCAUCGGUGGCAAGGACCUUCACGAUCAGUGGGACGCAUCAGGGGGUGCUGAGGCAUAUAAAGGUACUGUCGUGACUGGCUUCCCCAACUUCUUCAUUCUGUAUGGACCCAACGCAGCGACUGGUCAACACUCGGUCAUCUUCCACUCCGAAUGUCAAAUCAACUACUCAUGCCGUUUGCUUCGCCCUGUGCUCCGCGGCGGUGCCGAGUCAAUAAUGGUCAAGCGAGAAGCUCAGAACCGAGACCUUUCCUGGGUUCACGACAAGUUGCAACAUCUCGUCUUCAACAGUGGUUGCCAAAGUUGGUGGAUGGACCCGGUUAGCAAGAAGAACACUUUCAUAUAUCCUGAUCCUAUGUACAAGUACUGGCUACGCACAAUUUUCCCCCGUUGGUCUGACUUCGAUCUGCGCCAAACGGGUCAAUCACGGAGAAGGUAUUUGGUACUGGGCUGUUUUGCAGCAAUUGGUCUUAUCGGAUACUCUGCCGUGGGGGUGCAAGAGGCGGUGCAGCUUAUCGAUGAAGCUUCGUCCUGGUUUUCGCUCCAAACUGGCUGGCAACUUGGUAGCCUCUUCUGGUGUAUCUCAUAG